AUGGGAGCAGUGAGUGAUGGAAACCGCAGCAGAAAGAAGUCAUCAUCAAGAGGGCACCACAGGUUUGUGGGGGUUCGACAAAGGCCAUCAGGGAGAUGGGUGGCAGAGAUCAAAGACUCUCUAAAGAAGGUUAGGCUUUGGCUUGGAACAUUUGACACUGCUGAGGAUGCAGCUAGGGCAUAUGACAAUGCUGCUCGAGCCUUGAGAGGUGCCAAUGCUAGAACCAACUUCGAAUUGCCUGAGACAGCAACGUCUGAUGGUGCUUCUGAGCGCGGUGGCGGUGAUGGUGGUUCAACCUUUGUGCCUGAUUGCACUGAACCCUUUUCUUUUGAGGAUGUCAAUGACCCAGGCACAGAAGCUGAAGGCCUUCUUGGAGCACUUAAGGCCAAGCUGCUUGAUGGAAAGAAAGGCAAGUUUCAGUUUCCAUUUCUUCAUAAUGCUGCUGCCCCGGUCGUUCAAUCUGGCUUGAUUUCAAGAUCAACUCAGAAUAUUUGUUAUGGGGAGAAAGAUUUAUUAGUACCAUCAUCAGCUUAUAACACAUUCCUCUCAAGGAUGAAUGGAACUGGAGCCAACCCUGUGCUUGGUGUAACAAGCACUUUAGCAACAUCAAACACUUGUGCUAAGAGUGUGGUUAUCCCAACUCAUGAUCACGAAGAUGGUGUGGCAAGCAGUUCUAGAGUCAACUCUCAUCAACUUUGUCAAACCCCGCCUGUGGCAACAUGGUCCAAUGAAGUGGCAUAUGAAUUGCCUUGGCCUACACAAUAUAUGAACCAAGUUCCUGAUAAUAAUAGCCUUCUUGCAUCCUCAGCCACCUUGGCAUGGCCAUUUUCUGGAGUAAUGGAGUCCACUGUUGAUAUGGCAUUCACAGAUCAAGGGCCGUCAAGUAGCAACAAAAGCGGCCAAAUGAUGAAUAUGGGGAGCAUGCAGUUGCCUUUAGUUGGUGGUGCAACUGAAGGGCUUUGGACAUUAGAGCAGCAACAAUUUGUAUGUGAGAACAACAAUUGGUUUGGUUAUAAUGGCUCUUGGGAUCCUCUCCUCUAUGUUCCCUCUGAGCUAGCUUGA